ACACAGACGUGGCCAUAAGGAACGAUCAGUUGCCAGUGGGGUGCAAAGAACUGGCUUGUUUUCCGUAGAGCUAAUUCUAACUUCACUCCUCCGACAUGAAGUUGAACAGCACAUGGGGGGAGGGAAGCAGCACAGAGGCCCUUUCCAGGGGGUCCGUGUGAAGAAUUCCGUGAAGGAGCUCCUGCUGCACUUCAGGAGCAGCAAACAGAUGUCCUCGGGCUCCGCCGCGGAGGAAGGCAAGGCACAAGGAGGAUUGGUGAACUACGAGCAGUACACAGCAGAGCUGAAGAGCAUACUAGGUCACAGUGGCAAAAGAAAGGCUCCUGAGCUCCUUUCUGAUGGACCUUCUUUCAAACGCCAAGCUAAUGUUCACCCACACCUCCUGACACCACCCCAGACACCAACUUCUAUGGAUAACAUGGAGGAGACUCAUAAAAACGACCUAAAGCACGACAGCAGUUCUGAUCUGCUUCAGAACAUCAUAAACAUCAAGAACGAGUCAAGCCCUGUUUCUCUGAACACGGUGCAGGUUAGCUGGUUGCACAAUGUCUCCAGUCACAGCUCACCUGGCGAGCAGUACCAGGACAGCCCGGGAACACAGGCUUUCUCCCCGUCCCAGAAGUACCAAGCAUUCCAAGAUCACACUUCCCAGCAUGUGCUUGAUCCACCGCAGCAUUACCAGUUCCCUCCAUCCCAGAACCAAGAUUUGUCGCAGAGCUAUCCUUCAGACGCCUCCCUGGAGUACAGGCCGUUUGCUGCCAACGACCAGUCUCCUGGCUACCAGCAGAAUACAUUUGAGAGCCAUGAACUGCAGUACUGCCCGCCGCAGAGCUUCUCCUCCCUCUUGAAUGACUCUGAAGGCUCGGAGAGCAUCUCUGCUCCCCUCCAGCCGCUGCCCAGUGCCCACCCACAGGCUGAUGUCGGCUCCCACGCUCCGAACUUCAGCUUGCUUUCCAGUAACAUCUGUGGUAGUCUGGAGCGCAGUGUCUCUUUGGCUACUUUGAAUGUCUCUCUACCUGACCAAAACAUCGCCAGAAGCACGGCGCAGCUGGGCAAGUCAUUUUUUCAAUGGCAAGUGGAGCAGGAGGAAAACAAACUGGCUAACAUCUCUCAAGAGCAGUUCCUUGCAAAAGACUCGGAUGGAGACACCUUCCUUCACAUUGCUGUUGCGCAGGGCCGACGAGCACUCUCCUACGUUCUUGCAAGGAAGAUGGCUGCCCUGCACAUGCUGGAUAUUAAAGAGCACAAUGGCCAGAGUGCUUUCCAGGUUGCUGUGGCUGCCAAUCAGCAUCUCAUUGUGCAGGACUUGGUUAGCUUGGGGGCUCAAGUCAACACCACAGACUGCUGGGGUAGGACGCCGUUGCAUGUUUGCGCUGAGAAGGGGCAUGCCCAGGUCCUUCAGGCAAUUCAAAAGGGAGCCAUGGGAAGCAAUCAGUAUGUGGACCUUGAGGCAACAAACUAUGAUGGUUUGACGGCAUUGCACUGUGCUGUUCUGGCUCAUAAUGCUGUGCUGCAUGAACUGCAAAACAGUCAGCCGCCUCACUCCCCUGAAGUCCAGGAGCUUCUGCUGAGAAACAAGAGCCUGGUAGAAACCAUCAAGACUCUGAUACAAAUGGGAGCCUCUGUUGAAGCGAAAGAUCGUAAAAGUGGUCGCUCAGCUUUACAUUUGGCAGCAGAAGAAGCAAACCUGGAGCUCAUUCGUCUCUUUUUGGAGCUGCCCAACUGCCUCUCUUUUGUUAACGCAAAGGCUUACAAUGGCAACACUGCACUCCAUGUGGCUGCCAGCCUGCAGUAUCGUGUGAGUCAGUUGGAUGCUGUGCGCUUGCUAAUGCGAAAAGGAGCUGAUCCAAGUGCCAGAAACUUGGAGAAUGAGCAGCCAGUUCAUCUGGUUCCUGAUGGCCUUGUGGGAGAACAGAUAAGACGUAUCCUAAAAGGGAAGGCGAUUCAGCAGAGAGUGUCGCCAUUUUAAGCUCCAUGUUUCUUGGAGUUCAGCAACUCACACUCACUGUCAGUCAGGCAGUCCUAAUGUAUCUGUAAAUAGACCAUUUGCCUGGUGUGGGCAAAUGUUAGUUGUUUCUAUGAAACAAAAGUAUUUUGUUCACUAUCAUAUAGUGGGUUAUAUAAGAGUU